AUGUUGCGAAUUACCAGUCCAAAUGGUAAAAGCCAAUGUGAUGUUCAUUUGCAUGGUGCUCAUCUUACAAGCUAUCGUUGUACAUCACCAAAUUCUUCCGAAGCUUUAAAUGAUGAAGUGAUAUUUGUCAGUGAGAAGGCAAUCUUUGCUACUGAUAAAGCCAUCAGAGGAGGUGUUCCUAUUUGUUUCCCACAAUUUUCUGAUAAAGGACCUCUCUCGAUGAGUCAUGGAUUUGCUAGAAAUGUCUUGUGGGAAGUUGUUGAUCAAAAGAUUGGAUCAUUGGAAAGUGUAGGAACACUCAAAAUGAUCAAGAGUGGAGCUUAUAGAGGACAAAACAAGGAUAUUGCUAAAAUGAUGGCUGAUUAUGAUGGAUUGGAUGUUUUCUUAAUUGUUUCAUUGACUGAUAAUCAUUUGGAUAUGUCAUUGAAGGUUGUGGAUGCAACUAAUGGACAAUCAACUAAUUGGGAUGUUAUUAGUUCCUUCACUUUUGCAUUCCACAAUUAUUUCAGAAUUGGAGAUAUUAGAAAGGCUCAUAUUGAUGGUGUUCACAAUAAUCACCAUCAUGUACAAUAUGUAGAUAAGAUCAACAAGUCAGCAACUAUUAUUGCACCAUCAGAACCUAUUGUCAUUUCCGAAGAAGUUGAUAGAGUUUAUUUGGACAUGUUGGAUGAUAUUCGUAGUGUUAUUGUUGAUGAAUCAGGUGAUUCACACACUACAAGAGAAAUUCACAUUGAUCAACAAGCUAAUACUGCUCAAAAUGUAGUGGUGUGGAAUUUGUGGCAAGAAAAGUGUAAAAAGAUGGCUGAUAUGAAACCAGAGGAUUAUGAAAAGUUUGUCUGUGUUGAAGUUGGUCAAAUUCAAACACCAAUCAAAUUAGAAAAGGGAGGUGAAUUUGUUGCCACUCAAAGAAUUUAUUCUGCUUAUAAGAAUAAUUCUAAAUUGUAA